GCAAAAUAGGGAGAAUGAGCGUUUGACAGCUGCCGCUUUCCACGAACAGAUUGUUUAAUUUAAGAUAUAGAAUAUUUAUGCUAUUUAUUUGUAAAAGGUGUAGUAAUAUUGCACUGUAUUCCUGCUUUUAUGGCCGCCGCCGUGAGGAAUAAUGUGUGGGUUGCUCCGGGGCAGGACGCGCAGUUUCUCCAUAAAACCGCACCACUGACAAGCGACUGUCUGAGAGGUGAAGAUCAUGGACAAGUGCUCUGUAACACGAGGGAUGCCAUUCCUGGAACUUCCUCCUUUCAUGAAUAUAAUUUGGGUAAAUCAGAAAUGGACGGCUACAUGUCUCAUCACUCCCAGGAAGCAGUGAAUUCCAAAAUGUUGUGCAGAGACGGUGCUCUGACUUUAGAACCCACCUUCACUGAGGACUUCAGCUCUCCAUACAGUGUCAACAUGAGCCUUCUCUUUCCUGAUGUCACAUAUCUGCAUCACGGCCUCUGUCGAACUGUGAGACAGAUUAAAACAGAACCUUCCCACUCUCUAAUGCAUCCUACCUGUCAGGGAAAUGGACUACCGCCAACUCUCCCAGAAUACCCAGGUGUUUUCAGUGCAGCAGAUACAGCCAGUGGCAACUUUUUCAUCAAACAGGAAGUUCCAGAUUUCCAGGAUGUCCCCCUGUUUCAGCUUUUGAACUCUGAUCUGGAGCAGCUUGUACAUGGAUCCCAGCUGAACUCCAUCCCAAUGGCCCCUCUUAGUCUCCCCAUUGGGAAUGUCAAUGUAGGCCCCGUGCAAAAUUCUGCUAAACCCACCAGCAGUCCACGACCCGAGUGUUUUACAUUUAACCAACACACAGGUUGUCAGCAGAGACCAACCUAUCUGCCACCUUCUCCACCAAACUCUGAGCCUCCAAGUCCAGACAGAGGGAAGGAACUGCUCCACAAUCUGUCCCCACCUCCCUCCUACGAAGCCAGCAUCGCCUCCAAGUUGAAUUUUCAGGCGACCAAUCUCGAAACAGGAAAGACGUCUAAUGUUACGUUGAUCCAAAACCCAGGCCAGAAUCCUAACGUUACAUUAGCUCAAAGCCCUGUUCCUGGACCGGUGCAGCGCUCAAGCCUGACACCAGUUCAGACAACCCUGGGUAUUGGCCCACUGUCCCCAGUAUUGGCCCAGUCAGCUCCAGUUAAGUACAACCGGCGGAAUAAUCCUGAUCUGGAAAGGCGGCGGAUUCACCACUGUGAUGUACCAGGAUGCAAGAAAGUUUACACCAAGUCUUCUCAUUUAAAAGCUCAUCUACGGACCCACACAGGAGAGAAGCCAUACCAGUGCUCAUGGGAGGGAUGUGAAUGGCGCUUCGCUCGCUCUGAUGAGCUGACUCGCCAUUUCAGGAAACACACGGGAGCCAAGCCUUUCCAGUGUGCAGUGUGUAGCCGCUGUUUCUCCCGCUCUGACCACCUCGCCCUUCACAUGAAGAGACACCCGACCUAGGACCACCCUCCUGCAACUUAAGUCCAUCUUUAUUUUUUCAAUAAAACAGGACAAGUAACUUAAACAUUUCAUCAAAU